UUUUUCCUUUUAUUCCUUGUGCGAGACAGCAGUGAGGUUGUCCACGGAUCCCUGGGCUAUUCGACUGCUUCCAAGACGCAGACUCGACGCAGAUGCUCGCCACAUACACCCAGUUAUGAAGCAAUCCGCCAUAGAUGCAAUUCUGGAUGGCCCGGCUCUUGCGCCGCCGCCGGGCGUGACGCCCAAUUUCGAGAACCCGGUUAAUCUGAGUCUUCCGGGGAUGGCGGUGCUGCAGCUCGUCGUUGCAACGGCGGUGGUGGGGAUGCGAGUGUACACCAAGCUGGGCGUUGUGAGGAAGAUGUUGGCUGAAGACUACUGGUUGAUAGCAGCGUGGCUCUGCUUUGCUGGCUUCCAUGUCAUCGUCUUCAUGUUCGAAGACCUGCCGCUGGGUGUGCAUCAGUGGGAUCUCACUACUCGGAAGGCGAUCGUGCAUGCACACCUCUUUCACAUAGCAGUCACCGUGUACGCGAUCAACAUCAUUCCCCUGAAAAUCUGCCUCGUCCUGCAAAUCCGGCGCAUCUUCAUGCCACACAAUCGCUCCCUGCACGCUCGCCCCGCCGUGCUAUGGACUAUCGACAGUUUCCUCGCACUAAACGUCAUGUUCUACAUCGCGCUCCUCCUCUUCCAGUUCCUCGCCUGCCGUCCAUUGGCACUGUCCUGGAACCCCCUGGUCGCGGGGACGUGUGUGAAGGACAAACUAGUCGUGCACAUUGUGUCCGCGUCGAUCAACACGGCAAGCGACCUCAUCAUCGUGAUACUCCCGCAGCCCGUGAUCUGGCGACUGGAGCUCAGCAAAAAGCGCAAAUGGGGACUGAGCGCCGUCUUCUUGCUCGGCGGCCUUGCCUGCGGCGCCUCCGCGGUCCGCCUGUACUACGCAAUCCGACUGUAUCAUUCCACGGACCUGACCUACAGCGCCGCGCUGAUGGGCAAAUGGGCCGAGCCCGAACUCACAUUUGGCUUCCUCGCCGCCUGUCUGCCCGUGCUGCCCGCAUUCAUCAAACAUCUUGUUCGCACGCAGCUUGGGCUCAAGGUGCGCGGGCUGUGGACCUCAAGACCGCUUUCGGACGGCAGGUCCACAGAGAAAUUUGACGGCAGUGCAGGCAGGCAGGUCAGGACGAUUGGCAGCUAUGGCCGUGGUAAUGAGAAGGGGAGCCGGAUUACGAAGGUUAUUGAGUUGGAUAUUGAGUUUGAGGAGUUGACGCGCGAGUCGAGGGAUGGGGCGCCCGUGGGCAGGAGUAGGGGGAGUAGCAGGGAGAGGGACGAGGAGUGGAUCAUUGGUGCGAGGGGGGUAAGACAGCAGGCCAGUAUUGGGCCGCUGAGGAAGUAGCGAGUACUCGGAGCUGUGAGUAAUGAUGUUAAAUUAGCUUGUUUUCCAAGUGUGAUUCUCCAAAUGGAUCCAGCUGUUUCUACCUGUGAAGUUCCUGCAGACAGCUCUCAAUCACGUCUGUACCAGCGGCUCAGCCGUGACACGCGGACUCCAAACCAAUGCCCAAACCCCCCACCCCAUCUGCCUGCAGCCAGGGGUACAUC